AUUAGACUUACCCUCGCAUCCUUCUCUCUCUCUGUCUCUCCCUCCAUACACCUCUCUGACCCUCGCCGUGUAUCUUUCCAUCCUCACUCGCGUUUGUUAAAACUAAACAAGUCUUGGGACUGGACAGAGUCAAGUUUUGCUGCCUUUUUUCUGGUUCUCGCUAAUUCUGCACUUCUGUCAUUCAUUCAUUUUCCUCCUCACCUCACGCUCGUCCUCUGUAAACUACUGUCGCGAGCCGUUCGCGCGGAUACUGAGAGAGAGAGACGAACUUUGGAGCACGUGACAACAUCUGGAGCUUCAUUUAUUUAUUAAUUUCUACACUUCGGUUUGUUUAUUUAUUUAUUUAUUUUCCCGCCUAUUUAUUUGCAACGUAUCUACUUUUUAAAACAAGGACCUGGACAAAUAUGAAAUUGCUGGGCGACUCCUCCUCAUCGCUGCUCCUGUCCCUGCUGUUGGCUCAACUGCAUCUGUUAGCAUCUGCCUUCCCUGCCCACCCUCGGCGGAUCCAGACUGACUUUGACAAGCUGACCAAUCAGACCAGACACCUCCUGAAGCUGACUCAGGAUCUACUGAAAGACCCGGUGUUUGCCACAGAGAUUGAUCACCACAGGUUCAAGUCUCUUCCAGCGAUCAGCAGCAGAGUCAGUGACCUCAGCACUCUGGAGUUCAAGCCUACUCUUUCUCAGCUCUAUGCGGACUUAAAGUCCUUUGAGCACCAUUUUGAGUGGCUGAACAAAAUAACACGCAAGCAGCAGCACAGCUCAGUACCAAAGCUGACAGACAUGAUCUCCCACAUUAAGAGCCUCAUACACUCCUUACAGCGUCAGAUGAAUCGAGCGGAGGCUCCCCGGGUCCCUGUUCCCUCUCCCUCGCUCCCACCCAAUCCCUCCUUUCACUGGGAAGUGGUUCAGUCCUCUCAGGAACUCCUUCAGCAGUUCAGGCUCUUUUGUGACUGGGCCUCACGAGUGUUCCUGACCCUUAAAUCGAGAUUACCAGCAUGAGGAACCUAAAAAACAUUGGGCGGUAAACUGUCUCCUUUACAAAACAUCAAAAAAUGGCCAGGACUCGAUCAUUAAUAUAGUCCAGGGAUGGACUGGCCAUAGGGUGCUCGGGGACUUUUCCCAGUGGGUCGGGUCAACUGGUUGAAAAAUAGUUUUGAUGUCAGGGCGGAACAUCUGAGUAACAGGAGGGUAGUUGAGUAUUUCAACUUGUUCUCUCGUAGCCAUUCACAACCUACUCAUGAUCACUCUCGUUCCAACCACCACCGCUUUGCGCUUCCGAACCAAUCAUGAGCAUUUGAUUAACUGAAAUGUAGUGCCAUAGAAUUAUGACCUCUCAAAAAAAGUGGUCCUGUCCUAAAAAUUGAGCCAUAUAAAGGGACAGACUAAACCAUCUGAUACGUCUUAGAUAAAAGUGAUGCAAAUCGUGACAACGAUUUUAAAAAUCCCUGAAUGCUAUGUGUGAAGCUGUGGUGGUGGAUUAUCUGUGGUGGGUUGUGAUGGGCCGUGUACGUCCCAGACUGAUUAGUUUUUAGUCCCAGUCCAUCCCUGUCGCAGUCUGAAGCCUGAUCAGUGAAGGAGUCUGAUCUGAAAAUUCCAGUGCACUCCAGUCGACAUCCUGCUUCUGACGCUCCAUUUAACCUUAAACCUUCCUUUGCCCUUUCUUUUUUUUUUUUAAUACAAUUUCAUUUUUCAGAACUAUUUGUUAUUUAUGUAUUUAUUUAUUUAUUGACUAGUUAUUUAUUUGAUGAUAUUAUUUAUUUGGUUUCUUGAUAAACGUGUCAACAUUCUUUCAUUUGCAAGUCAAGAAGUAAAAUGUACUCUCUUUCUUAUUUUCCCGUAUCCAUCCGCUUCUGUACCACACACAAAACCACAUGUACGACAGCGCCAUUUCAUGUCUUUUAUUAAACUGAUUGUAUUUUAUACAAUUGCAUUUCCUUUUCACUGUUACCUAGGUUACAAUACUCUGCCACUAGAUGUAGCAAUAUUUUGGGAGUGUAAUGUAUGUCAGUGCUGAAACACUGACCUGAACUUUGCUUGUCUUUCUUUUCUGUUGUUUUUUAGUUUUUGCACAGCAUAUUGGGGUUUAUAUUGUUUAUUGUCAGUUCUGUGAUUCAGGAACAUGUUUCGAUAAACCUUAUUUUAAGCAACAUAAGAAAAAGACAACCUAAGCCUUAAAAUACUAUGUAUUGUGAUACUUUGGUACUGUAAAGCUGUACAUACAUGCUGCCGAAUGUAAACUGGUAUAUACAAUGAGUGUAUACGUAUCAUAUUGUUUUCUAUAAUAUAUAAGUGCAGUGCUCUAUCAAUGUGUUGCAAAAUCAACAUUACUUUUUUUUCUUUCCCUUCCUCUUUUUUUUACGAUUUUGAUACAGUAUUUACUAUUUAUUGAUAUGAUUAUUAUUACGGUUAUUAUUAAUUAUAAUAAUUGUUCAAAUUAUUUAUUUUUGCGAAUCAGAAGCAAGACUUCUGUCAUGUUUUGUACUUUUUAUACUACUCGCCACCAAUCAUCAUCUCUGUUUAGGUUGGUUUCUGUGUCUGCAUAGACUGAAAGUUGCUACAUGAUUGUGCACUAAAUAUGCAAAAACUGGCUGUGUUUAACUGUGUGCCUUCUGAGAGACAAUAAAGGAAUUUACAUGUAAACUGUA